GCUGGCGGAGCGUGAGGAGUUCUCCUCCAAUGAGGUUUUAACGGGGAAGAAGCAGAAAAACAAGCGAGGGACAAAAAGGGCAGCAGCGGCUUCUGUGUGUGCUGACCGCUCUUCGUUCACCAUGGCCUGGACGAAGUACCAACUGUUUCUGGCUGGCUUAAUGGUCACUACAGGCUCCAUCAAUACACUAUCGGCAAAAUGGGCUGACUUGUUUAAUGCGGCUGGUUGCCAUGACACCACUGAACGUGCCUUCUCCCACCCAUUUCUCCAGGCUGUGUGCAUGUUUUUGGGUGAGCUGAGCUGCCUGGCUGUUUUCUACAUCCUCGUCUGUCAUGACCGCCGCAAACCUGAGCCCACCAUGGAGCCAGGGCAAAGAUUCAACCCCCUCCUUUUUCUCCCUCCUGCCCUCUGUGACAUGACCGGAACCUCCAUCAUGUAUGUUGCACUGAACAUGACCAGUGCCUCCAGUUUCCAGAUGUUGCGAGGUGCUGUGAUCAUCUUUACUGGCCUCCUGUCUGUGGCCUUCUUGGGGCGCCGGCUGGUAGCCAGCCAGUGGGUUGGGAUUCUAAUCACCAUUGUGGGCCUGGUGGUGGUCGGGCUUGCUGAUUUCAUCAGCGGCAACAGAGACCAACACAAACUCAGUGAGGUCAUCACAGGAGACCUUUUGAUCAUCAUGGCGCAGAUCAUCGUUUCUGUGCAGAUGGUGCUGGAAGAGAAGUUUGUUUAUAAGCACAACGUUCAUCCUUUAAAAGCAGUGGGAACCGAGGGGUUUUUCGGUUUUGUCAUCCUCUCCUUUCUCCUCAUCCCGAUGUACUUCAUCCCAGUAGGCAACUUCGGCAGCAACCCACGACAGGUUUUGGAAGAUGCGCUGGACGCUUUCUGUCAGAUCGGCCACAAGCCGCUUAUUUUGCUGGCACUGCUGGGCAACACUGUAAGCAUUGCUUUCUUUAAUUUCGCUGGCAUCAGCGUCACCAAAGAAAUCAGCGCCACCACACGCAUGGUGCUGGACAGCCUGCGUACGCUGGUCAUUUGGGUGAUGAGUCUGGCGCUGGGCUGGGAGACGUUCCAUGGCCUGCAGAUCCUGGGCUUCAUCAUCUUACUUAUAGGCACUGGGCUCUACAAUGGACUUCACAAGCCCCUGAUGGCCAAGUUGCCCUGCUGGGCCGGAGAGCACAGCGCCGAGACGGGAGACGCGGCCGAAAGAGAGCGACUACUGGGAGGAAGCAGAGUAGCAGAGGAGAACAAGUGAUUAACGGUAAACCAAACUGACAGCAUAGCUGGACUCUGAACUUUGUGUCGUGUUUAUUCAGAUAUCUUUUCUGGAUAUUUUGCAUCAGCUCUUUGUUCUCUGUUUAGUUGAGCACUGAACUGAAGUGACUGGAUAGACGUGGACAUCCAGCAAACACUUUUGACCUAUUUGUUGGUCUGUUUCAAUUUUACAAUUUCAGAAAUCUUGGUAAAGGUAAGAGGUAAAGGGUUGUUGUUUGGUUUAGUGAUCCAAGUCUUGGGUAUACUUUACUAAUUGUCAGUAUAUUACAUUUAACUGGGCAUGUCUUUCAACUAUGAAGAAAAAAGGGAUACAUGGUAUAAUUUGUUUUAAUUUUUAUUUAGUUGAUAACAAACAUCUGUAAAUGGCCAAAGUAUUUGAUAUGUUCUGUUCAUUACUAAUUUUUUUUUAAUUGUCAUCAUCACAUUAUCACUUUUAAACAAUUUUAAAACUUUUUAACUGCAUUGUUAUGGAAGGUACUCCAUCUCUCUGUAUUCUCACUGUGUAACACAGUGUUGACUAUAUUAGGCAUAAAAUAGAGGAUGAACAGCUGAUCACAGUUAGUAAUUAUCCAAGUCCCCUGUUCUUGAAAAAAUAGCUUUGGUUUCUGAGUGCAAUCACUUACUUAUUUUAAUGGUUUAAAUGUGUUUGGCACCGAUAAUGUCAUGCUUGAAUGAAGUGGGCAUUUCGUGAUGAAUCAAGUAAUGUCUGUCUUUAAUGGAUCUCUGUUUUAAUUAAAUCUCCUCUUAAAUUUUU